GAUGACUUUGGAGGAGGAUAUCCGGACCCCAAUCUGACCUAUGCCAAGGAGCUUGUGGCACACAUGGGAUUGGGUAAAUCUGAUAUCGGAGUCGAGUCUCCGGGGUUUGGUGCAGCUGCUGAUGGUGAUGUGGAUUGUAACAUGAUCCUUGGUUCUUCUUUACCCCUUCGGAUUCAGUUGCAAUAAUUGCUGCCAAUGCUGUUGUGGCCAUACCAUACUUCAGCUCUGGUUUAAAAGGUGUUGCAAGGAGCAUGCCAACCUCAGCUGCCCUUGAUGUUGUUGCCAAAAGCAUGAAUUUAAAGUUCUUUGAGGUUAGGUUCUGAUAGGGUGGAAAUUUUUCGGUAAUCUGAUGGAUGCCGGGAUGUGCUCUAUCUGUGGUGAAGAAAGUUUUGGAACUGGCUCGGAUCAUAUCCGUGAGAAAGACGGGAUCUGGGCUGUUCUUGCUUGGCUCUCCAUCCUUGCUCACAAGAAAGGGAAACCUUGGCGGAGACUUAAAGCUGGUAUAUGUUGAAGAUAUUGUCCGGCAGCACUGGGCUACCUAUGGCCGGCACUAUUACACUCGAUACGACUAUGAAAACGUAGACGCAGCUGCAACCAAGGAACUCAUGGCAAAUUUGGUCAAAUUGCAAUCUUCUCUUCCUGAAGUCAACAAAAUCGUGAAGGGAAUUUGUUCAGAUGUGGCAAAUGUCUCCCAUGCUGAUGAAUUUGAAUACAAGGAUCCAGUUGAUGGCUCCGUCUCAAAGCACCAGGGCAUCCGCUACUUGUUCGAGGAUGGACCACGACUUAAGGAGCAACCAUUCGGCUCUACAUUGAACAGUACGAGAAGGAUGCCUCAAAAAUUGGCCGAGAUUCCCAGGUGGAUUUGUCGUUGGGUUUGAUUGCCCAGGUGGAUGUGGCUCUGAAACUGUCCAAGAUGGAGGAGUUCACCUGCCGAUCAGCCCCUACUGUCAUUACAUAAGAACAGCUGAGACAGAGACCCAAAAUUGAAUUGCGCAUUUUGUAUCCCUCUUCGUAUGGAUGAUGUCUGGCCUCUAUACUUUCAUGUCCCGACUUCCCUACUUUUAAAUAAUAAUAUCACUAAUAAUAGCUUCAGAGAGAGACAUCGUCUAGUGAUCUGCUCGCGGCAUUUUCGUCUGCCUCGACAAUUUCCGCUUCAUCAGCUUUACUUCUGUUAUUUUUUUUUCUGGUUUCAUGUUGUAUCGUAUGAUGGAGAUUUGGUUAUGGGAAGAGUUUAUGGGUUUGCUUUGUA